CCCCUCUUUUGCUCAAUUACACCAAAAAACUAAUUUCACGGUUACUUUUCAACCAUGAAGACUACCAAUCGUCCUGAUGAAUGGAAGAUCGAGCAAGGUCUCUCCGGCGCGGUUCUGCCUGUACUGGACCAAACUGGACCAAAGACCAAGGCUCUAGAUCCUCAAGUCUUUGGGGAUCUCACCAAAGAUGAAGAAGCUAUCAAGUCGGUCGGUGACCGUAAAAAGCUCUUCACUCGUGAACGCAAGGGUUGGGUUGGCUUUGUUGAGUGGGAGAAUUACCCUGACAAGAAAGCUGCUGCGCACAAGAUCCUGACGUCACAGACGUUCCCACCCAACCCUGAGUUCCAACUUGGUCCUAUUCCGGGAACUAACCCUGUUCUUCCUGGUACACAUUGGAAGAUGUGGCAUCAUGCCAUCGGCGGUGAACUCACCAGCGUGCCUGAAGACUCAUGGGCUACUGUUCUCAAAGAGAAGCACCCUGAUAUGCUGCACCUAUUGCAAUUCCCUUAUAACGGCGAGCCACCCAAGCGCUUAGUCACUGACAAGGAAUUCACCCCCAAUUCCCUUCACUUUGUGAGAAACCACGGUGGAAUUCCCAUCAUCAACAAAGAAGACUUCAGCUUCCUCAUGGAUGGUCUCGUUGCAAACCCCAAGUCCUUCACCUUGGAUGAACUCAUGGAUGAGUCAAAGUUCCCUCGUAUGACAAAGAACGUCACGAUCCAGUGCUCUGGAACUCGUCGUAUUGAGCAGAUUCUCAAAUACCCCGGCCAGGGCGACGAGGUUCCCCAAGCACCUUGGGCCGAAGGAGCAAUCGGCACUGCGAACUACGUUGGUAUCAGCCUCAAGAAGGUUAUCAAGGCUUGUGGUGGCUUGAUCGAUGGCGCUAAGCACCUGGAGUUCUACGGUGCUGAUACCUACUUCAAGGAUGAUAAGACGAUGAAUUAUCUCGUCAGUGUUCCUUGGUCCAAGGUCAAGGCAAAUGAAGUCAUGCUAGCCUGGGAGAUGAACGGUGAAGAACUUCCCAAGAUCCACGGGUAUCCUCUUCGAAUCGUGGUGUUUGGUUACAUCGGCGCUCGAAGUGUCAAGUGGCUAUACCGCAUCAAGGCUAUCAAAGAGCCUUCAAGAGCUCCUGUUCAAAGCCAGGAAUAUCUCUACUUCCCCCAGCAAGUCGGCAAGCACAACUUCAAAAUGACAGAUGGCAUUCAGAUCCAGGAGAUGCCUGUCAGCUCUGCCAUCAUGUCACCCUGGACAAAGCAAGUUGUCAUCCACAACGGCAAAAUUCGUUGCAAGGGCUGGGCUUACUCUGGUGGCGGACGUUGGCCCGAGCGUGUUGAACUCUCCAACGAUGGUGGCUUCAACUGGUAUACCGUGCCGCUUGAAAAACUCUCCAAGAAGCGUAAGUGGACUUGGCGUACCUGGGAGUUUGAGCUGCCAUGUGAUGUCGAAGGCUGGGUUGAGAUUGUUUGUCGCUGCUGGGAUAACUCUCUAAACACUCAGCCGCCUGAUGUCCGAACAUCUUGGAACUGGGGUCUUCACGUUACUAGCUCGUGCCAUAGAAUCUCUAUUUACAGCGUCAACAAGACGAAGGAGAGGACUAAGGCCCGCUUGGAUGAGUUUGAGAAGAAGGGUAUUCCAUUUGGUCCGAUCACUGUUCCAUUGGCAUUCCCUUCUCAGAGUUGGGAUGAUUACGAUAAGUUCUGGAAGGAGCAUGAUCCCCGUGAUGCGUACGAUGAGUAACAGGGCGGAGGAUAUAAUAAGUCACGAAAAUUCCGCG